AUGUCGACGACUCGACUCACCCUGUAUCGCGGCUGGCUGGACCCUGGCAAAUACGUCUGGUCGCCCUUUGUGAUCAAGCUGGAAGCCCGACUCCGCUUUGCUGGCAUCUCGUACAAGACGGAGGGUGGCUCCCCGAAAAGCGGACCCAAGGGCAAGAUCCCGUACGUCGAGCUAUACAAGACCGAGGACCCGACGGCGAGCACCAGUCUCGGGGACUCGACGCUGAUCAUCCGGCAUCUCGUCGAGCAAGGCAUCCUGCCCGACCUUAACGGACGAUUGGUACCGAGUGCACGGGCUGAAGAUCUCGCAAUCCGGGCGCUGAUGGAGGAGAAACUCUGCUUUUAUCACACACGAGAGAGAUGGACAGAAAACUACCACACCAUGCGUGACCAUAUCCUGUCUUCUCUGCCCUACCCUGUGCGCGUAGUCGUCGGCCUCCUGAUCUACCGCAACACGAUACAAACGCUGCACGGGCAAGGAAGCGGCCGGCACUCGGCGGAUGAGAUUCGAGAGUUCCGCCACGAGAUCUGGACGGCCAUCAGCGAUCUGCUGGUGGCAUCGCGAUCUGCGAAGCCGCGAGACCCGACGCAACCGUUCUGGAUCCUGGGCGGCGAGCAGCCGACAGAGGCCGACGCGACGGUGUUUGCGUUUGUGGUUUCGGUUCUGAUCUGCACUGCAGGCCCCGAGUCACAGGGGGUAGUAAAGGAGUUCCCUGUCCUUGAGGACUACGCUCAAAAGAUUCAUGAUCGGUAUUUCCCGGACUAUGUCAAGUGGUCGGAUCUUUAG